GACCGAGCAUCAAAAUGGAUUCCAAAACAAAUAUUUUUCAGAAAUUCCUUCAGUAAAUGCUGCAAAUCAACACUAUUCUAGUACAAGGAAACAUCAAGUGGGAAUUCAACCUGUUCUCUCAAAAACCAUCAUGGAUAAUGAAGUGUUACCAAGCUCAGCCUGUGAUGUGAACCUGGAUUUUACGACUGGGAUGGAAGAAGAUGCAAUAAAUGGAAAUGGAUCCCUUGCCUUGGAUGAAAGUCUCCUGAUUGAGGCUGGUUUUGCUGGAGAUUCUACAGAGAUGAAAGUGAAUGGAGACAUGGGGGCCAGUGCCCCAGAGGCAGUUGGGUCAAGUUCUCCAGAUGUGCCUUGUUCAGAGCAACAGUUGAGUGGGAUAUCUUUGGAUUUCGGAGGAACUGGUGGUGCAGAAACUGCUGUUGAAGUAUCAGCUGGUACAAUUUGUCCACCGCCGGCAGGAUUUCAGGACAGUUCACCUCGAUCGUCCUCAGCUGCUGGAAUGUCAGUAGACUCUGAGCAAAAUGGUAGCACAGCGGAUGUGAAUGGGUUGUCCACUGACCAACACUUGGACCUUGGGGUACAUUUAGAUUUUGGGGAACCUGACGCUGCAGUGCAACCUGUUAGUGUUGGUAAUACGAUGGCUACAUCGCUGGAGCCAACUACUGACCAGAACACAGCAGAUCUCGGUGAUAGGCCAGCAGAUGUUGCUGAACCACCUGUUGAUACGGGUGUCUGCAUCCACUUGGAAUCCAAAGAUGAACUCUGCCACCUUAGUGAACCAACAGUUCAGACUGCAGCUGUAGUAGAAAACAAGGAACAGGAGGAAGACAAACUUAAUCCAGAAGAAGAGGAAGCUGCCAUGAAGUUUCUUCAACUUCAAGCACAGAAAAAGCAGGAAGACGAGUUUGAUGAUGAAUUCGACAUUGAAGAUCUGCCAGCCAAGCCGCCAACUGUAGCAGCUAAAGCUGGUCCCACCAAGGUUACCGUCGACCCAGGGAGAGUUGGUAGCAGUACGUUUUAUACAUCAGGACAGACUGGGGAAGAAGUCAUGAGCAAAAGUACAGUUUCAGAUGUUAAGGUCACACAUGAAGAGAAGUCCCAAGUCAGCGUAGGAAAGACCCAAAUCAGCCAAGAAAAGACAGAAAUCAACCAAGGAAUGACCCAUGUCUACCAAAACACGACUCAAGCUGAAAGAAGUGUUUUCUAUACUGAGACUACUAACACUAUAACUAAAGAGACAAAGGAAAUUAUUGGUGGAAGCAUAUUUUAUACUCCUGCUACUGCUGCACAAAAUAAUGGUAAUAUUGGUGGAAAUGGAGAUGGAAUUGUUAGACCCAUGACUGCUGGCAAGGAAAUAACUCAGCUAAAUGAAAACUCGGAGGCUUCCUUAGUUCAAACAAGUGGUUUGGUGAUCGAUCCAAAUGAGAGAAGUCAGGAUUAUUCACUUGAUGGUAACAAAACUGGUAGUGGUGCAACCUCCCAUGCUCUCCAGGCAGCGAAAGCAGAGUGGGACACAGUCGAGACCAUUACCCCAGCAGUCGAAGGCGAUGACAGUGAUGACGACAGUGUCGAGGGGAUUACUGGUGCUGCCCAUGUGAAGACCACACCGUCCAUUACGUACGAGGAAGGACUUGCAUGCAUCAAAGAUUCUAAUUUGAUCCGAUACAAGUCUCAAAUCCGUCCAACAGUCCAGCGUGGUGCUUGGGGUUCAUUCAAACAUGCCAUCUUCGGACCCCCUAAAUUGCACAAGAACUUGGUCUCGGAAAAAGAGAUUGUUUUUCUCAUCGCUGCCUGUCCUUUCGACAACCGAGAAGACCCUCACUUUCAAAUUCUGCAGACGAUUUAUAAGAAGUUGACGGGAUCUAAGUUUGAUUGUCAACGUUAUGGUGAUCAUUGGGAAUUGAUAGGAUUUCAAGGAAACGACCCGUCAACUGACUUACGAGCCACUGGCCUGCUUGGUCUGCUAACCGUCCUGUAUUUAGUGAUGGAUGAGAAAACGGCGUCUCUAGCCAGAGACAUCUACAAACUGUCCCUCCACGAGACACAGAACUUCCCAUUCUGCGUGAUGAGCAUUAACAUGACUAGGAUAGCGUUACAGGGUUUGAGGGAGGAGUCGUUAAAUAAAGAGUGCAAUAGACGGCAGUCCGUGAUGGAUGUGUUCAACGAUAUCUACACCGGCACAUAUUUAUACAUGUACCAGCUCUGGAAAUCUCAACAUAAAACUAUCAAAGAUUCUGGAUACGUUAUCAAAGAUGUUGAGACGUUUGUGAAAAAGAACCCAAAAGGUGUCUUAAAGAAUCUCGACACCUAUCUCGCUGAUCGUAGCUCGGGAAGAGCCAUGCUCGAGGACGGAAACAUUUUGAACUUUGCCGGUGUCUGUGAUAUGGGAGCUAAUGAGGAGGACGGGGACUUAGUGUAAAGGUUAUUUUUGUGAAGGAGUGGAUGUCCUUAUGAAAGCUGUUUCAGAAAAGUUAUUGUGAUAUACAUGUAUAUUUUGAUGUUGUACUUAUAGUCAAGUUUCAUUUGACAGACAGAAUCCACUGAACUCAGAAGAUAUAAGGAAUGAUUCUACAGAGUUUGCCGUCGCUGCUAAGCUUUAGAUUCAAAAAUAGCAAACUUGGCUGGAAACUGCUGCAGUUUUUAACAAAAUCACUGUAGUGGGAUCAGUCCUAUCGUGCCGAGUGCUGGGUCAAAGCUGAGAUGGUUGUCAAUUUCUGGUAGCAAUAAGUCGUAACUUGUUGAUUUUUCAUACCGGUAGACAUGCUUGUGUGCUGUUCGAUUCUUUGAAGAAACAGCUGCUGCUUGUCAUCAUGAUUUUUAAAAACUGUACGUUUUAGUGCAUGUCUUAUCCAUCCAAUCGAGUUAAUGUCUUAUACCAGGUUAGUUGAAUUACAUUAUGUGUACCAAGUACGUUUCACUUGAAAUAUGUUGUCCUCGUCAAAUGCCCAACUCAUCCAACAGCAUCCAAAACAGAAGACUCUAGCUUUAGUCGACCACCAGGGUCACUUUGGCUUUAAAUUCAGCUUGUUUAGAAGUGUUAGUUCGUCUUGUUGAUACUAUAAAAUAGUUCAGUGUAUAAGAUGUACAUGCAGCAUGUUUACAUGUCACUGUGUACAGUUCAUCCCUGCGCAGUAGUCUUUCUUCUGAAGUAUAUCUUUACUUGGUCAAAUCUUAAAAGCUUGACAAGUGUUGUGUGUCAUUUCAACUCCAUAUCUGUCUCUGACCCCAAGUGCCUACUUUUGCCAGAGCUGGUCAUGUAUGCAAGUAUCCAGUUUAUGCGAGGCUGAUAUACGAGAUAGGUUUGCCGUUAUGUAAAUUGUUUUUCGGAUAGAUCAGGCCAAAGGUACUUGGCUGACCUCAUGUAACUAAAACGGCAAUAGUGUGAUCACAAAUAGUAAUGUUACAGAGCCCUGGGCAGGCGUUGUCAUAGUUGACUGACUUUAGUUGACACCGAGAAAGAGCAUUUGUUAUGCCUACCCUAAGGAUAAUCUAGUGUCGUGCAACACCACUAUCUUUUGGUAAAUGUGAUUUUGUCUCAUUUCCGAAUUCAACUGAGUACCUUUGGCUUGAAAAAAUAUGAAAAACAUUUUAACUGGAUUGGUAUCAAGCUGCUGAGCAGUGUUCAAUUGUCAAUGUUAAUAUCCGUCUAGCACCAGAAGAUAUUCAUCAGGAAAAUUUACUAUCAUUGUUGUCAUUUGUCAAGAAAUCAAGAUUUCUUCUGUUGAUUGAUAUAUAAGCCUUUAGUUGUCUUUAUCAUAUUACUGUCACGUGUGGCAUCCUUUUUUCAUGCCAAAUUAGAACUAGACGUCUAGAAAAAUCUAGGCUAAUUCUGCAAUCAGAGCCCGAGCCUUGUACUUAUUAUCACCGUCCAAAUAUAUCAGAUCCUGUCCAAAUAGUACAGAUAUUAAAGUGUCCAUUUCUCUGUUUUGAUAUACAGUGGAACCUCUCUUGGAAGACACCACUGUUGGCAGGACAUCCCUCUCUAUUAGGGAAAGAUGAUUUUGUACCCCAAAGAAGAUUUUGUGGUUCUAAAGGAUUUUGGUCAUAUGUGCUGUUUACAGCUGACAGGCCAGUUGCAUUCAACUGGUGAUAAUGAUAAGCAUCUUUAAUGUAUUAUUGCAACUAUUUUGUAAGCACUCAUUAAAGUGUAAUAAACAUUGUUUUAUAUUGUGAA